GGAGGAAACCGACUCUCCGUCACUGAGGUGUAAUUUCGGCGUCACCGCCUCACAAGGUGCACCCUUUAGUGCAAUUCCAAUGCCGCUGUAAGACCCCUGACACCUUCAUGCCAGUACUAUUUCAUUUUAAACACAAAGCGGACACAUAUCUCCCCCCGGUUCUCCACUGACGGGCCUCGGUAAAGACUCUAACAAGGCGCUGAAGAGUCCCUCACUGCCUCAGCUUCUCCAUGGGUGAAUCGGGCUCACGCCGUUCCACACUUGUUUCACGCCUGCCAAUCUUCCGCCGCAGCGCCAGCAAGCGGCAGGAGUCCCUCCCCUCCUCCCCGUCCUCGGGGGGAGUGGGAAACGGCGUUCACACCUCCUCGCCCUCCAGCACCAACUCCAGCUCGGGCAGCACCGGCAAACGCCGGAGCCUGUUUCGCGCGCCGUCUCUCAGUUUCACGGCUAAGAGGAACAGCGAUCCACGCGUUCAGCCCAUCAACCUGAACCUCACGCCCCCCCUGACGCAGACCACUGAUGCAAACGGAAACAACCAGCAGACGGUAACUUCGUCGGCGUCCGCAGGAUUCGGCGAGGGUGGCAGGCGUUCCAAGUCGCGCCACUCAUUUGGGUUUGGGAGCCACAAGCAAAAGAAAAUCCCACGUUCGCAGACUGAGGACUUUGAUAAGGCCUCCUCAUCCUCGUCGGCAACCAAUCGAAAUGUGUUCAUCAACUGCAUCAGCAGCUCCGAAGCCAAUGAAGGUGACGACUCGGGGUUCCUCGACGACUUCAGUGGGGCCAGUAAUAACAACAAACGCUCUUCGAGGCAGAAGAAGCAGCUACUGCCUAAAUCAUUCUCAGCCCAUCACCGUUUCUCUCGCACGUCCGACCACCACAGGCCUCCAGAAGUCAACCUGGAACCUCCUAGCUCUGCCACUGUCACACCUGGGCCAGAGGGCCUCACACCUGGGUCAUGUCCUGGAGAACUAAUGGGAGGAGGGGCUGAGAGCUCGCUUCAGUCCCCCAUGAUUUCAGAAGAUCGAACAACCGCCAUCACUCCCUCAGAGUUCAUUCCCAUAACAGAAGACUCUGUGUCGGAGGUGGACGCACUCCCGGCUCCCAGUCCAGGAUCCGGUUUGAACUCAGGGCCUGUCUGUGUGUCUGAGUCGCCUGCUGAUGCUGCUCCACCUGAUCCCCCAGCUGCACCUGAGAACCUCAGCGUGGCAGUCUCCACCUCUCAGGUUUUCUUCACCCCAGCCCAGUCCAGCGCUGAGAAACCCUUACUCCCUGACACCAGCACAGCCAACAACACAGACUAUGAAACGGCUGUCUCCCUGUCCGAGCCAGAGACGGCUGUACCCUGCCCACCUCUGUGGGAACAAUCACUGGAAGAGAGGAAAGAGAGGGAAGAGGAAAGACAGGAGGCAAUAAAAGACGGUUCAGUAGGGGAGAGGAAGAAGUUGGUGCAGGAGAGAAAGGCAGGCUACCACACCGAGACCACAAGUGAGAGCGAGGUGUGUGGGGCGCGCAGCGAGGGCUGUCACUCAAACCCCGAGAAAACGGAUAGGAGGGCGAGACACACACUCUCUCUUCAAGAAAGAGGAAGCUUCUGUGGCUGCCACGAACCCAGGUCCUCUCAUUUGAGGAAACCACAUGCAGCUUCUGUGUGCAGCAGUGCCAGCCCUUACCACGAGGUGAUGCGGAUGGAAAGGCGACUGCGCUCCUCAUCUGAGGGGGCCGGUGGGCCUCGUGUCCAUGGAAACUACAGAGAUGCUCCAGGCAUGGAGGGAAAUGGUCUGCUCAAGCACAGAAACAACUCCUCCUCGUCUAAACUUGGAAGUUUGGAUGUGCUGAACAACCUGGGCUCCUCAGAACUGGAUGAAGAUGACCUCAUGUUAGACCUGGACCUCUCGGAUGAUCAGCGACAUCGACAUGUGUCCAGAGAAGACUCGAGCCAGUCCCUAACAUCCUGCCUCAACCUGCUUCCUUCUUCCUUGGAUCCACCCGGAGAUCGCUUGGCAGGGAAAGAAAACGUUCAGAGGGAACUCAGUCGACCAACCAGUCUGCUGCCCACUGAAUGUAGCGUGGGGCCUGGUUUAGGGAAGGAUGACGACCCUCUACCACCGGGGCUGGAGAGCCUUCCGCUCAGACUGAUGCAGCAGGAAUGCACAGCGGUCAAAACCCUGCUUUUAAGACUGAGAAGGACAUUACAGGAGAGCACAGAGACGAGUCCAGCCAGCAGCCUUCAGUCCCUACCCAUCAGUCCUUGCAGUGAGAAGUCUCUUCCAUUAAAGGAUCUGAACAGAGAGGAAACCCUGCUGCAGCAGCUGAGAGAAAAAGAUGAGCUGAUUCUCCGACUCCAGAGUGAACUGGAGAGUGCCAGAGCAGCCCUGAAGAUGAAAGACUGCCAAAUGACUGAUCACACAACGCAGACAGAACACACAGGGGCAGAGAUCAGCUUUCCAGGCCGGUGGUCAGGACUCGGCAACAGCAACAUCAGCUUGGCUCCAAGGGAGCGAAGGCUGGUGCGGGGAGCGUCAGCGGCACAAGGAGGGGACCACUAUAACCAACACCACCCUUACCACUGUCGGCCCACUGCUGCUGCAGAGCGCCAUGCUGCCAGGGAGGAGCGCCACCAGCAGGGAGCUGGGAACACUGCUGGUAAUCUGGCUUCUGGCUCCUCUGACCCGUCCUCCGUCCAGACCUCACCCACCACACCAGCCCAGACCAGUACAUAUCAGCCCCCAUGUUCCACCACAGCUUCACCUCCUUGCUCCAAGCAGCCUGAGGGGGUGUCCUCCUCCUCUGAGUCCUUAACACCAGGAGGAGGAGGAAGUGGAGCAAGUCAGUCCGGCGGGGUGAAGAGAGGAGGCGGGGAUCACCAUCCGCCAAGCCUAAUCCCUCGUGCAGUCGGGGCCAGCGCUUCUUCGAGUCUCCACAGCCUCGCAAGCAGAGGGAGCUCCACACAAAACAUCUCGUCAUCAGACCGGGCCUCGCCAACACCUCCCACACCUUCGUCAGCUUCCUCCUCUUCCUCCUCCUCCGCGUUCACCGGCCGUUUAGGACAACCACCUCGCGGCCCUCUGUCUCUGCAUAGCUAUAGCCGGAAAAACGUCUUCCUCCAGCAUUCCCUGCACACGGCCGAACUGCAAGCCCUCACACAGAGAGACAGUUGAGGAUGCCAAAAAAAAAACAACCAGCCAUAAGCAGCCAUAUCAUCAGCUUAAGUUAUCAUAAG